AUGUCGAGCGCGCCGCGUCAAAUGUCAGUGUGCUGCUUCCAGGCACUCCUUGCCGUACUGAUAGUCCUCCCAGGUGACGAGACCCGUCCAGUAUGCAAAGCAUGCGGCAAGAAAAACCGUCCCUGUCAGUGGGAGGAGCCUCAUACUAAGUUCAAGGACUACCGGCCUGACGGGCCCUCUUCCAGUCGAUCUGCUGCCGGCGGUACUGAUGAGGAAACCGAGACCAAAGAGGACCUGAUGGAUGUUGACGGUGUCGAUGGGGUCGAUAACAUCAGUCGAACAGAAGGAGCCGUUCGUGCAAACAGUUUCAGCGAGGAAGGCUUGAGCCGGAACACUUCACCGAGAAGGCGGAAAAACAGUCGGACCGAUGGGACAUCGGAAGGCCCAUCGACCAGCGUCUCCUCACCGUCGGCUCAGCUAUCGCCAGGCUCGCCUUACUUUGUUCCCCGAUCUAAGAGCACAACGGGUGGCGUGUCGGUGGCGAGUUUGCUGCAGUCGCACGACCCGGACGGCAUGCCAGAGGGCUCGCUGCCGAUGCAUACCCGCCAGGCCAUGCAGCAGCCGAAUGCGCAUUCGCAUAACCGUAGAGACAUGCCAGAUGGAACUAGAAACUACUCACCCCGGCCUGUUCCUUUGACGCAUGAAGAGGCCUUGCUCGUGCACCACUACACCGAACAUCUUGGCCGCUGGCUUGACUGCACCGACGCCACUCGUCAAUUUACGCUGGGCGUACCGGAGAAGGUCAAACAAUGCCCGGUACUUUGCCAUGCCGUCAUGUCAUUUGCUGCUCGCCACUGCAGAAAAGACGCGACAGCCGAGGCGGCCUAUCAGCGUUGCAUCGCCCUGCUCAUCGAACGAUUGAAUGAGCAAGCUGCUAGCCACGACGAAACGCUUUUGUGUGCGAUCGUCAUACUGCGGUUCUACGAGCAGCUAAAUGUCCCGUCCAGUACCGGUUCUGAUGAUGAACAGCACCUCGCAGGCUGUUCGGCCAUUAUUCGAUCUUCUCAGGGAAAUCACUAUGUAGAUCCAUCAGCGCCCACGUUGCGCGAAGCUGCUUUUUGGGUCUAUGUCCGCCAGUGCCUCUACAAUGCCACUAUCAAUCAGCAACCCCCUGAUAUCGAUUUUUCUUUGCAGCUACACCCAACCCCAAGCUCACUACGAGAUGCGCACCCGCUGGCUCGACUAAGACUGGAGACGGCCUGGUCCAAUCAAAUGACUUGGAAUCUUGCAUGUGUCGUCAACUUCUGCUUCGACGGCAAGGAGCCACAAAACGAAAAGGCUUACAAGAUGCGGCGAUGGAACGAGCUGUGGGAUCUUGUCCAGACGUGGAUGCAUGGUAGACCGGACGGCUUCAAUGCAAUUUUCGAAGGCCCAGCCGGCGAUGGGGGCUGCUUUCCUGAGAUUCUCUUCACAGCCGACUGGCACGCUGUAUCGUUUGGGUUCUAUCAUUUUGCCUGUAUCAUGUUGCUUCGAUACAAGCCAGGCCCCAAGUUCGCAAUCCGCAACGUCGGCAGCCUGUCUGAAACAGAUAAUCAGAUCUUGACGCAUGCUCGCGCCAUUUCCGGGGCUAGUAAUAGCUCACCGGAGACUGUCCCACUAGCAAUCACCGUCUGUCACACCAUCUUUAUCUGGGGACCUCUUGUAUGCGACCCAAAAGAGAGAGAUCAGGUAGUACAGCUUUUAAACAACUUCGAGAAAAACCAUGUGUGGCCGACGACGUGGAUCAGUAACGCAUUGAAGGCCGAAUGGGGUAUCCCAACAUCGUCAGCUCCUGUGGCUUAG